UCUUUAGGUUAUAUUAGAAGAGAUGAAGAAUGGUGAGUGUGAUAUAUCAUGUUGUUUCUCUCUUCUCAGGUGUUCACUCGUGGCAGCUGAUGUACGGCUGUGAGCUGAAUGAUGAUGGCACCAAACGAGGAUACUUCCAGUUUGGUUAUGAUGGAGAGGACUUCGUCAGUCUGGAUAAGAGCUCCCUCACCUGGACCGCUGCUAGUCCUCAAGCUGUCAUUACCAAACACAAAUGGGAGGCUAAUAGAGCUAUUGCAGAACAACAGAAAGCAUAUCUGGAGAACACAUGCAUUGAGUGGCUGCAGAAGUAUGUGAGAUAUGGGAAGGACACUCUGGAGAGAAACGUCUCUCCUCAGGUGUCUCUGCUGCAGAAGUCUUCCUCGUCUUCAGUCUCGUGUCAUGCUACAGGUUUUUACCCCAGUGGAGUAACAGUCACCUGGCAGAAAAACGGACAAGAUCAUAUUGAGGAUGUGGAUCUUGGACAACUUAUUCCCAAUGAGGAUGGGACCUUUCAGGUGACGAGCACCAUCACAGUUACACCUGAUGAGCUGAAGAACAACAAGUUCAGCUGUGUGGUGGAGCAUCAGGGUGAAACCAUCAGCAGCAUUCUGACGGAGGACAAGAUCAAAACUAACUACGAUUCUUCAGCUUCUGUCCCCAUCGGCAUCAUUCUUGCUGCUGUUGCUGGUGUCCUCCUGUUGGUUGUCACUGGUGUUGCUGGGUAUAAGGUCUACCAGAAAAAGAAAGGCUUUAAACCUGUCAAUGCAUCUGAUGAUGGUUCAAACAGCUCCGCUCAUUCAGAUCCAAAAGCAUAAAGAUGAGACCAGAUGAGUGCAAGAGAUGAAGUAAAAAUGAUGCUUAUCCUGCUGUCCAUCGUGCUUAUAACACACAAACACACAGGAUCAUAGAUUUCAGUGACAGGAUUGAUCUAUAUUAGGGUUCUACAUUAAUUACAUCUGCAAAGUUUUUGUUUCAUCACAUUUUAUGCUCAUCUUCUGUUUUUCUUUAAUUGUUCGAACUUGUUCAUUUUAAGAUGACAUGUUGAUCUCAGAACUUAAUUGUAAAAUUUAUAUAUUUCUCUUUGGUGACAAAACCAGAGAAAACCAAGAAUGCAAAUAAUUGAUUUGCAAGUUUGAUCAAUUUGCAGGAUGUGUGAUAUCAGUACUGACUGUAAAAAAGAGAAACUUGUGAAUGUGUUUAUAGUCAGUCAGAGUAUAUUAUAGCAGUCACAUGAGAUGAGACUAUUUCUGUGAGAAAUAAAAUAUGAAAUAAAUCAGGGGAAGGCUAACAAGUCAUGGAAAACUUAAAAUAACGCUAACUCUGGAUGAAUUGUGGAAUUGGACUAUUCCAUCAAUGAAAUUAGACAAUAUGUAGGCUUCAUAUUUUAUUUCUUGAAUGGGAUUAUUGGGCUUUUUCUGUUUGUAUACUUUUUUGUUGUUGUUUGUUUUACAUAAUUUAGAUAAGUUGAACUACAGAAUAAUAUUGAUUCUUGUAAUGUUUAAGAUACUGUACUAAUGAACUUUUACAUGAACAUCUGUACAGUACAGUAAACUAUAGAUAUUUUCCUUGAUUUGAGGUUACUAAAUCUAAAUUAAGUUUUUGUAAAUUGGUUGCCUUCAGAACAUUGUAAUCUUAUUUUGAUUCUUUAAAAUUAAAUAAACUUCACAAAAA